AUGCGCAAGACCGUCGGUGUCGGCAGCCUACGCAAGGUCCACGGUGGUCGCAAGAACCGCGGCUCCGCUCCAUCCCACCACGUCGAUGCCUCCGGAUCCGUUGACCGAAAAAUCAUGCAGUCUCUUGAGAAGAUCGGUGUCCUUGAACAAGAUGAGGAGAAGGGCGGUCGCAGAAUCACCCAGAGCGGCCAGAGAGAUUUGGACCGCAUUGCCAGGACGACCAUAGAAGAGGACGAGGAUGACGAGUAA